AUGCCUACCGUCGCCGUCGACAAGUACGACCUCUUCGAGGCUCUAGGUCAAAAGUGCGCCAAUUCUCUCUCCCCUCUGAGCCCAGGAACCCCACUAAACAGGACAUCGCAUAGGUAUACGACCGAGGAAUUCGAGGAGCUUUGCUUCGAGUUCGGCAUUGAAUUGGACGAGGACACGGAAAACGAUGAUCGCCCUGUCGUCAAUGGCGUGCAGGAACCCCCUCAACUCAAGAUUGAGAUUCCCGCCAACCGCUAUGACAUGCUGUGCUUCGAGGGCAUCGCCCUCAUGCUCAACAUCUUCCGCGGAAAGCAGCCCGCGCCCAACUUCAGACUGACCGAGCCCGCCGGCGGCAACAUCGAGACUAUCACAGUCCAGGAGGACACCACCAAGGUCCGGCCACUGGUUGCUGGCGCCAUUCUGCGAAAUGUCCGUUUCACCCAAAAGUCGUACGAGUCCUUCAUUGCCCUACAAGAUAAGCUGCACCAAAAUCUUGCCCGUGGCCGUACCCUGGUGGCCAUCGGCACCCACGACCUGGACACGAUCAAGGGCCCCUUCACAUACGAGGCCCUGUCGCCAAAGGACAUUGAGUUCAUCCCUCUGAACCAGACCAAGAAGAUGAACGGCGAACAACUUAUGGAGUUCUACGAGAAGGACAGGAACUUGGGCAAAUACUUGCACAUCAUCAAGGACAAGCCCGUAUACCCCGUCAUCUACGACGCAAACAGAACCGUUUGCUCCCUACCGCCCAUCAUCAACGGCGACCACUCCAAGAUUACUCUCGACAGCAAGAACGUCUUCAUUGAAUGUACCGCAACAGACGCUACCAAGCUGGACAUUGUUCUGAACAUGAUGGUCACCAUGUUCUCUACCUACUGUGGUGAUCAGUACGCCAUUGAGCCCGUCAAGAUUGUCUCAGAGCAUAACUCCCAGACAAGAAUUACGCCAAACCUCCUGGCUCGGUCGACCGAGGUAGAGAUUGACUACCUCAACUCCUGUCUUGGUAUUCAGGAGUCGGCAGAGAACAUCUCGAAAUUGCUUGCCAAGAUGUCCUUCAGCGCCAAGCCUUCGAGCAAGGCUGGAUUUGUUGAAGUGUCCAUCCCACCCACCAGAGCCGAUAUCUUGCAGAGGUGUGAUAUCAUGGAAGACCUUGGUAUUGCCUAUGGCUUCAACAAGCUGCCGCGGAUGUCAGUCACCCGGACGGUUGGCGCGCCCCUGUCUAUCAACAAGCUUGCCGACAUUAUUCGUUUCGAGUGUGGCAUGGCAGGCUGGUCCGAAGUCAUGCCCUUGAUUCUGUGCAGCCACGAUGAGAACUUUGCCUGGCUCAACCGAAAGGACGAUAGCAAUACUGCCGUCAGGCUGGCAAACCCCAAGACCGCAGAGUAUCAGAUCGUCAGGACAUCUCUGAUACCCGGUCUCCUCAAGACCAUCAGAGAGAACAAGAAGCACAGCGUUCCCAUCAGGAUUUUCGAAACCUCUGAUGUCGUCUUCAAGGACGAGACCGUUGAGCGCAAGGCCCGCAACGAGCGUCACUUCAGUGCUGCGUGGUACGGUAAGACGAGCGGUUUCGAGGAGGUGCACGGUCUGCUUGACCGUGUGAUGCUCAUGUUGCGCCAAGGUUUCUUGACCAGAGAAGAGGGCCUCAAGAGCAGCAAGAGCCUUGACUUCCAGGUGACUGAAGACCACACCCAACGAGAUGGAUACUGGCUCGAGCCAAUUGAUGAGGACACUUUCUUCAAAGGCCGAGCUGCUGCCAUCUACCUUAGACUAGGUGGAAAGGCCUUGCGGAUAGGAGAGUUUGGUAUCCUCCACCCCUCUGUGCUGGAGAAAUUUGAUUUGAAAUACCCUGUUAGCACUGUCGAGAUCAACUUGCAAGUCUUCCUGUAA